UGGUGGAGUGGAGAAACAGGAGAACAUGAAAGUGUUGGUGGCGGCCCUGGUGGUGGCCCUGGCAGCGUGGCGGGGGAGCGAGGCCCUUCCCAAGCAAGCCCCUAACGCCCUCAGGCAGAAGCCCUGGUCAUGGCCUCCCCCCAAGCCUGCAGCAAGCCCGCCCGCCACACCUCCUGCGGAUUUUGGGUCCCGAGUCUCCCCUGGUGAUUUUGAGCCGGGACUUGUGGCCCCUGAAGGUGACGCAAGGCCUGAACUCGCAGCUCCCGGCGAUGACACAAGACUCGAGGCUCCUGAGGGUGACGGAGGGUUUAGUCUCGUAAUUCCUGUUGGAGGUGACGAGGAGCUCAGCCCUGUGGCUCCAAGACUCGGAGCUCCUGUGGGUGACGAACAGUUUGAUCCCUUUACUCUCUUCGAAGGUGACGCAGGCCUCGUCACUCCCGCCGGUGACGCAGAGCUUAGACUUGUAAUCCCUGGUGGUAGUGACGCAGAUCUCGAGGUGCUGCCACCAGGAGGGGCUGAUGCUGGUGUUGUCUCGGUGUUUCCUGACGGAGAUGAGCAAGGGCUAGAUGCUGCGUCUCCUGCUGGCGAUGAUCAGGGGCUGGACUCCGCGCUUCCUGGUGAGGACGAGACGAGCCUGCUGGAGUUGGAAGUGCCUGGCGGAGAGGGAGAGGACCUGCAGGCUGCUGGGAGUGAGGCGAACGUAGUAUCCAAAUCCCCCACUGGAGACACCACGCAGAUCGACUCCAGGUUAGGCUUGGCAGCACGCCGCCGCUCCCGCCGCCAGCGCCGCCGCCGCAAGAAGUCACGCGCAAGAGUCCCCGCCAGUGCCGAGGUGACGGUGGUGCUUCCUGGACCAGCGCCCUUCCCUGAGCCACCAACCUUUGACACCCUGUCUGUUGCUCUGCCCGCCGCCUUGUCCCCGCAACAACCCGCUGUCCCUGCACUGCGGCCCGCCCCUGCCCUGGCCCCGCAACUACCCGCUGUCCCUGCACUGCGGCCCGCCCCUGCCCUGGCCCCGCAACUACCCGCUGCCCCUGCACCGCGGCCCGCACCUGCCCUGCCCCCUAUUCCUGCCCUGCCUCCACAACUGGCCUCUGUCCCUGCUCCUGCUCCUGCCCUACCCCAGCAGGUGCCCCGUCAUCCCUGCCUACGAGCCCCCGAGGCCUGA